AUGGCUCCAUCCGCAACUCAUCCUGGCGGACAAGACCCUGUGAUCAUCGUAGUGACCGAGGGCCCGCCGGCCUAUCCCGCCGCUGACAGCCGCCUGUCAGCGUACAAGCUGAGUGUGGGUACUGGAGCGUCGCUGCCGCAGUGCGAGGCCACCAGCUUGCCUGACUGCAUGCGCGACCUGCGUGCCAUCCCGCGCGUGCGCUGUUGGGACGAGCACGGGAUAAUGCUCGUCAGCAGCGAUAACUGGUGCCUCUUGGUGCCGCGGCACGUUAUCCGGUCGUCGAGCGAGGCUCUCAGCCAAGUCUUGGGCCGCUUCAAGUUCCAAGACUAUUCCUCCGUCAUCAAGUUCUUCAACUACCACAGUGAGACGGCGGCCGUCCUCGACGCCUUCUUCACCUUCGUCGUCAGGGGCACAUUCCGCUUCCCAGACAACCCCUGCGAAACGACGGACACGCGGUGCAUCUUCCUCGGACACCUGUGCGCCUUUAUGGACCGAUAUCGCUGCGUCCGGGCCAGGGACAACCUCCUCAACGAGUUCUUCGUGACAUUUGUCCUGGGAUCAGUUAGGUAUCUAGUUGAGGCGUUCAUUCUGGGCGCGCUGGCGCGCGACGUCCGCUUCUGCUGCCUCGUGCUCGAGCAGGACGAGGCGCGCGCAGUACAGGAUGCGGCAACGGCGGCGCGACUCACAGGCGACGCCGACCUCGCUCUCGCGGCCUUGCAGUACCCCUUCUCCGACGAAACAGCGUACGUGCGCUGCUUUCGCCGCGUAGACGUGUCGCUGCUUUCACGCGCCGUGCACGACAUCGUGCCAAACGAAUACCUCUGUGGCUUGCUGCAAAUGCUUAAUCCGGAGGGCGGUGUCAGGCUCGCUGAAAGGUUCGCCGAGUUGAUGCAGUCCAAGUAGUAGACGACUUCAUGUAGGCGCAUGGAGGGGUAUAUGCAACAGG